AUGGCUGCCAUGUGGACGUUGCUCUCAGUCUUUCUUUGUAUCUCAACAGUCCAGGGUGAGGAUGAGACGUGUGCCACUUGCGGCCAGUCUCCUCCUGCCCAGUCAGCAGCUCUGUUGCAAAGCUCAGUCCAGCGCAACUCCAAGACUGCAGUAGGACCACACGUCUUCAGCCCCGCACAGCUGUUUGGGCCAGGGCCAAUGGGUCGCCACGUGUCGCAGACGCAGAUGGGGCGCAUGGGACCUCGGAUGGGCCCACAUCCCCAUCAGCGCAUGAGCCAGCCACACUUCAGUUUCGAACAGCGCCGUGCUGGUGGGCAGAGCAAGGGUGAAAGCCUCUACGGCGGUGCGGUGCUAACCCCGUGCCAAGAUCCAAGUGCCUGGACUCCUGAAAAGGAUGUCUAUGGCUGGUGUGACAUGUACUCCAUGCCAGUUCAGCCUGAUGCAGCAACCUGCGAUGCUGGCGAUGGGUGCAGGUAUUCUUAUGGAUACUGCUACUGUGACAAGAAGGAGGGUUGCAAUGCAGUCGGUGGCACUUGGAAUGGAUAUACAUGCAGGGAAGAAAUGGAAAACAUGUUUCCAGACUACUUGGAGAAGAUCCGCGAAGCAGCAGCUGCUGGCACUUGUGAAGGCAAAGAUCAUUAUGGCUACGGGGUCAAGGACAUGGUUGCAUACCCUGCAAUGAUGUGCUGCACCGACUACCCUUCCACCAUGUGCGAGCACAACGUGCAGCCCAUGACUCCUUGCAAGAGCGAAGCAGAGUUUCUGCCUGAUGCCUAUGCCUGGGCCUACUGCGACCUGUCAGCUACCAACCCUCCCAAGGAAACAUGUGACGCAACCCCAGACUGCAAAGAGGAAUGGGGCUGGUGCAACUGCCAAAGCAAGGCAUCUUGCGAACUCUUGGGGGGCUAUUUCCAGGGUGGCACUUGCAAGGAUGAGAUGAAGUGGUGGAAUCCUGGUGAUCACAAAGGUGUGAAGGAAGCACUCGACAAGGGGACCUGUGCAGGAGUGGAGGGAGCCUGGGGUGACAUCAAGUACCAGGUGGACUGGAUCGGACAUCUCUGCUGUGCCUCGAAAAAGUCCGUCUGUGAGGAGUUGGAUCAUUACGACUCCGGAGCGUUCAAAGCCCAAAAUCUCAUUUUGCCCGUUUCAAAAACCGCUACAGCUGCGUCUGCCAUGGCUGCCAUGUGGACGUUGCUCUCAGUCUUUCUUUGUAUCUCAGCAGUCCGGGGUGAGGAUGAGACGUGUGCCACUUGCGGCCAGUCUCCUCCUGCCCAGUCAGCAGCUCUGUUGCAAAGCUCAGUCCAGCGCAACUCCAAGACUGCAGUAGGACCACACGUCUUCAGCCCCGCACAGCUGUUUGGGCCAGGGCCAAUGGGUCGCCACGUGUCGCAGACGCAGAUGGGGCGCACGGGACUUCGGAUGGGCCGACAUCCCCAUCAGCGCAUGAGCCAGCCACACUUCAGUUUCGAACAGCGCCGUGCUGGUGGGCAGAGCAAGGGUGAAAGCCUCUACGGCGGUGCGGUGCUAACCCCGUGCCAAGACCCAAGUGCCUGGACUCCUGAAAAGGACAUUGCCGGCUGGUGUGACAUGUACUCCAUGCCAGUUCAGCCUGAUGCAGCAACCUGCGAUACUGGCGAUGGGUGCAGGUAUUCUUAUGGAUACUGCUACUGUGACAAGAAGGAGGGUUGCGAUGCAGUCGGUGGCACUUGGAACCCAUACACGUGUAAAAAGUCGCUGGAGGACUUGCCAGCGACCUACAUUGAGAAGAUAGAAGAAGCCAAGAGGGCCGGUACUUGUGAAGGCUUUGAUGUGCAUGGAUACAAGGUCAAGGAUAUGGUGGCAUGGCCUGCAACGCAGUGCUGCACCGACGCUCCCUCCAGCAUGUGCGAGCACAACGUGCAGCCCAUGAAUCCGUGCAAGAAUCAAGCAGCUUUUCUCCCAGAUGCCUAUGCAUAUGCCUAUUGUGACACGUCUGAAGUCAGCCCCUCGAAGGAGCAGUGUGAGGCCGUUCCUGGCUGCAAAGAGGAACAUGGCUGGUGUCAAUGCCACAGCAAAUGCGCUUGCGAGCUAUUGGGAGGCCACUUCUGGGGCAUGACAUGUCAGGAGGAGGUUAAGAACUGGUAUCCCGGUGCUCACAAAGGUGUGAAGGAAGCACUCGACAAGGGGACCUGUGCAGGAGUGGAGGGAGCCUGGGGUGACAUCAAGUACCAGGUGGACUGGGUCGGACAUGCCUGUUGUGUAUCGCAAAAGUCCGUUUGUGAGGAGUUGGAUAAUUACGAUUCCGGAUACUCCUCGAUGUACUGA